AUGGAAGAUGAUAAAUAUGAUUUUCACGUUACAAUUUUAAAAAAUAAUACCGAUGCUUCCACUGGCAAAAACAAAAGUGAAAAAGAAAAAAUCGAAGGGGUUCCCAAAAACUUUGUAUAUAGAAAAGUCGAUGGCAAAGAUGUUUUACAAAAAAGGGUAUCAGAAGCUUAUAGAACCAUCCCAAAAAAAUCAGAGUUACCAGCUUUAUUAAAAGCUUUACAUGAUGACAAUGGUCAUGGAAGUAAAAAUAAAUUCCAAGAAGCUUUAAAGAUGUACUUUUGGCAAACUAAAACUGCAGAUAUAGACUCAUAUUUAUCAAAAUGUAAAUGUGAAGCAAAGCCAACCAAAAAGAAGACCGAAGAUAGUGAAAGCGAUAGUGAAGGCGAAAGUGAAAGUGAAAAAGAAACCAAAAAAACUACCAAAGGUAAAAAAGAAGAAAAAAAAGCUGAAGAACCAACCAAAUCAAAAGGUAAAGGCAAGAAAGAAGAUAAAGUUGAAGAACCAGUUAAAGAAACUAAAUCAAAAGGUAAAGGUAAAGGUAAAAAAGAGGAUAAGGAAGAAGAAAAAGAAGAAACUAAAUCAAAGGGUAAACAAACCAAAAAAUCAACCAAAACUGAAAACGAUACUGAUAGUGAAAAAGAAAAAGAAGAAGAAAAAUCAAACAAAAAAGCAGAAAAAAAGAGAAAGCAAACUACCACUGCUGCUAAAGAAGAAACUUCUUCACCAAAAGAUGCUUCAAAAAAGAAACAAAAAGUUACUGCUUCACGUAAUGAUGUAAAUACCUCCACCGAAUCCAAUACUGAUGAACAACCAUCCACUCCAAAGAAACCACUUUCAAAAUCUGCUGCUAAAUCAUCCGCAAGAAAACCAACUGCCGCUGCUUCAGGUUCCUCAGAAUCCCCAGCCCCCAAAGAUAUCAAAGAAGAAUUUAACAAUUUACGUACCCUCUUCAACCAAGUUAGCCAAGAGUUUGAAAGAGUUUCAAAAUUAAUUGAAAAAUAA